GGUCGUUGCUCCUCUGGUGACAAGAAGAUCCUCUGCAAUGAGCUCUGUACACGACGCCGCUGAGGCGCAGAAGACGCUCGGCAAUGAGGAGUUUAACGAGAAGAAUUUUGACAAGGCUGUCGAGUGCUACUCAGAGGCCAUUCGUCUGGACCCGGACAAUUAUGUCUACUACUCGAACCGCAGUGCUGCCUACGGCGCCGUGGGAAAGUGGGAAUUGGCCGAGAAGGACGCCCAGGAGUGCGUCAAGCGGAACCCCAAGUUCGCUAAGGGAUACCACCGCCUAGCGAAUGCGCAGCAGCAGUUGGGCCGCAAGCAAGAGGCCAUUGAGACGCUCAAGACAGCGCAGACUUCGGCCACGGACCCAGACAAGGUGCCGGGUAUUAAGAAGCUGCUGCGCCAGUUGAACCAAGAGGUGGCGCCCAAAAGCGCUGCCUCGACCCAGGGCGGAGGCCGCCAAGUGCCUAUGCAUAUUGCUAAGGAGCUACAGGAGCUGCAGCCGCAGUUCCAGAAGAUCCAGCGCGAGUUAGAACAGAUCGAGGCCAAGCUCGCAGCCUACAGUCGGCAAAAGAAGCGUCUGGCGCUCGUCGAGCGUGAGAUGGCCGACUUGCCUGAGCGCACCAAGACAUACCGCAGUAUUGGUAAGAUGUUUCUGCAAACGGACAGCGAAGAGAACGUCGCCACUAUGAAGAGCGAUGAGAAACACGUGGAUGAGCAGGUCUCGUCUUAUGAGGCACGUAAGAACUACCUGAACCGCCAGAAGCAGUCGGUGCAGGACAACAUCACGGAGCUCUUGGCGCAGUGCACCUAA